UCCACAAAAAAAACUGCGGUUCCCGCUCUGGCCUGAGCCCUGGAGGCGCUGUUAUCCCACUUCUGACACCACGUGUGACAAAGAUGGCUGCAGGGAGGAACUCAGACCAGAGAGAGAAACACACAGACAGACGGUGAUGAUGAGAGAAACUGAUUGCGAUGGUUGCACUCAGCGUUUAUUAACAAAAUAAAAAGGUUUAACAAACAGAACACAAAACAGGACACGGCACUUGAGCCAAAAUAAACAGACAAACAAAACGAACUACACAGACAAACACGACUUCGUCUCCGUUGCAUCAAUCUUGGGUACUGGAAUCUUAGGUCUGCCAGUCACAAUUGCACAUUCUGGAUUGCAGCCAUUUCUGGUCUCUUUUGUAAUUGGUUUCUUGAUGCAAGCUCUGUUGAUUUACCUGUUUAUAGAUUUACUGCAGCGAUGUCGAGUUGCUCAACUGGAGACUUUAAAGCUUUCAGGAACAGAAAGUAUUCUCAUGCAGUAUGUAGGAGAUCGGGACUCGGUCCUCAAUACUGCAGAGGAAGAGGAGGAAACGGAAGAUGCAGACAGAGGGUUGCUGUCAAAGAACAACAGAGAGAAUCCUGAAGAGGAAUGUGUUCCAAACUUGCAUAUUCUGGGAGUUCUGUUUCUCAGCAAGUAUAUGAGUUAUGCUUUCAACCUUCUUCUGGUUUUUCAGUUUAUCUCUAUUGGGAUCAGCUAUGUCCUGGCAGGCAGUGAAUCAUAUGCAGAGUUGCUUCAUAUAAGCUAUGUCUAUGUUAUCCCAUUCUUUACGUGGAUCCUUGCUCUGGGAAUACUUCUAGCUCAGGUUGUUAUCCAGCCAGUCACAUCCUUGCUGACACUCCUAAAAGGAAUUCUGCUAAUGGUCACAGUUGCUGUGACAUUCGUUGUGGGCUCAGAAGUUAAGCAGGAAAUCAGCAAUGAUUUCUCCUAUGUAGGCAAACCUUUUCUAAUGGGCACUGUGGCACUAGGAGGUGUUGUCAAUGUGAUGCCAUUCUUAUUCUCAGAAAUCUCCCAUAAUAAAUCUCAGAUAAUGUGGUUCCGGAGAGCUAUUAUUGGGGGUCUCACCACAUGUGCCGUGUUGAACAUCCUAUGGUGCUGGGCUGUGCUGAAAAUUGUUCCCCAGAUGACUGUGAGAAAAGUCUUGGAGGAUGAAAUCUCAAAUAACAGCAUGACAUUUUCACAAGUGACUGUCCCAGUUUACACAUUUAUCUACUCCAAUAUCUCUCUGGAGGAAUCAGAAAAAUUAGGGGAAAUAGCAACAAUUCCACUAACAAAGAUCAUUAUCGAACAACACCAUCAGUUUGCCUGGGUGGCGUGGUUUACUGAAAUCUUCAUUGCUAUCAGUAUAACAGUCUCAUUUCUGGUACUCGGAUCAACAAUAAAGCAUACCUUUGAAGGCUGGGUGAAUUCACUUUGGAGUGGAAAGCUAACUGAAUUGUCAGAAAACUGUGAAAAAUCUUUGCCACAGCUUCAGAAAUGCUGUACCCUAAAAAGUGUGGUUCAUGGAUGUACAUGUCUUGUGGCAUUUGGUAUUAUUUUUAUAGUAGCAGAAAGUGAUCCAAAGGGAUUUGUCGUGAUGCUGGAUAAAGUAGCUUCUUUCACUUUAAAUCUCGAAGCGGGGCUCUUCAUGUUCUUAAUGCUGAGGAAAUCUAGAUCAGAGCCUUUCAUACACUUUUCUGUGCCUUUGCCAGUAAGUGAAAGACUGUUCACUUUACACUGGGUUUUGCCAGUUUACUUCCUUUUUGCAGUGGGUUAUGAUAUCUUCCAAUCCAUGGGAGAAGUGGCAGAAAGCUGGAUUCAAACACAGUCCAACACUUCCAGAGGAGAAGUAAAAUUGACACAAGAGCAUUAACAAUGCAAGAAGCAAUCAUCUAUAUUUCAUCAUUGAUGAAUGUUACUGUGAGAUAUACAGUAGAACAAAAUUUACUUAUGCUCUAUAAAUACAGCAUAGAUAUGUCAAAAAACUGUGAUGAGAUACUUGAAUGUCUGGCAAACACUUGUUUCUGUAUUCGCUUUAUCAUAUCAACAAAUAUGAAGUAAUAUCGUUUAAUUUAUUUGAACAGAACAUUUAAAAAAAGUCACAGCAUCUUGGACAAUUCUGCAUUUAUUUGUUGCACUAGAAGUGGUGUCAUUCAUAAUAAAGGGAUAAUUUUAUCAAGGGCUCUAGCGAUAUUUAUAAACCAGAGGAGCAAAGCUCAAACAAGUUGAGUCCCGAGAUAAAAUUGCCACUGUAUUUUGUACUUUGUUGUAAUAUAUAGAAUUAAAAUGAGUAAAACAGA